AUGUCUCCACGGCCAAUCCCAUUCCCAGGCUUCACCCCGAUAUCUGAUCGGGUGUACCUUCGCAAUGGCAACGAAAAAAGCAAGCCCGUCCCUGCUGACGAGCCAACAACAAUUAUCAUCUCAGGCUGGGGCGAUGGCAUGCCAAAGCACGUCUCCAAGUAUUCCGAUGGCUUCCAUGAGCUCUUCCCAUCUUCACGCAUUAUUGUGAUCCUGUCGGGUACUCUUCAAGCCUCAAACCAGCAAGAAGAAGCAAGAAUCGAAGCUAUGAUGCCAGUAGUCGACACUAUUUUCCCUACUCCAACUGGAAGCGGCGGUGAAGAGGAGCGCGUCCUGAUCCAUGCCAUGUCCAAUACGGGCGCAAUCUUCGCCGCAGCCGCUGUUGUCGGAUAUCAACGACGACAUGGCACCGACAAGACCUUCCCCCACAAGCUCUUGAUUUGUGACUCCACUCCUGGAAGUUUGGACUUCGCAUCUCAGGUUGGUCGUUGGUCGCACGCUAUGGCCGUCGGCACAGCGAAAUUCUUCCCCUGGCCCGCUAUUAUCACACAGGGUCUGUGGUAUAUCUUCCUCUGGGCGAACUGGGCUUUUGAACGACUGCGCGGGUCAGAGCCCUCCGGCGUUUGGGCGAACCGGGUUAUGACCGAUAAAAGUAUCACAUCGACCGAUUCUCACAGGUUGUAUCUGUAUUCCAAAGAAGAUGAAAUUAUUGGAUGGAAGGAUCUUGAGGAGAAUGUUGCUGGCGUGAAAGCUUUGGGCUGGCCAGUUGAUUUGGAAAUGUUUGAAGGUUCGCCGCAUGUCGGACAUAUGAGACUGCAUCCUGAGCAGUACUGGAAUAAGAUUUCCAAUGCUUGGAAACAAGCGGUCGCCGAUAAAUAA